AUGGAUCUCCAACCAGAAGAGCUCCAGUUCUUGACGAUUCCUCAACUUCUUCAAGAAUCAAUCUCAAUCAAGAAACGAUCUCCAAGAACCUUCUACCUCGUAACCCUAUCCCUAAUCUUCCCUCUCUCCUUCGCCAUCCUCGCUCACUCGCUCUUCACUCAGCCGAUUCUCGCCAAGCUCGACUCCUCCGACCCGCCAAACUCUGAUCGCUCCCGUCACGACUGGACCGUCCUCCUCAUCUUCCAGUUCUGCUACCUCAUCUUCCUCUUCGCCUUCUCUCUCCUCUCAACCGCCGCCGUGGUCUUCACCGUCGCUUCCCUAUACACCGGAAAGCCAGUCUCUUUCUCCUCCACCAUCUCCGCAAUCCCUAAAGUCUUCAAACGUCUCCUCAUCACUUUCCUCUGGGUCGCUCUCUUGAUGUUCGCUUACAACGCCGUCUUCUUCGUUUUCUUGGUGAUCCUCCUCGUAGCUCUCGAUCUGAACAGUGUAGGCUUAGCGGUUAUCGCCGGAAUCAUAAUCUCUGUUCUGUAUUUCGGUGUCCAUGUCUAUUUCACUGCGUUGUGGCAUCUAGGUAGUGUGAUCUCUGUUCUUGAGCCGGUUUAUGGGAUUGCAGCUAUGAGGAAAGCUUAUGAGCUUCUUAAAGGGAAGACGAAGAUGGCUAUGGGGUUGGUCUUUGUUUACCUUUUGAUCUGUGGGUUGAUCGGUGGUGCUUUUGGAUCGAUUGUGGUUCAUGGAGGAGGGAAGUUUGGGACUUUGACUAGGACGCUUGUUGGUGGGUUGCUUGUUGGGGUUCUUGUGAUGGUGAAUCUUGUGGGUUUGUUGACUCAGAGUGUGUUUUACUACGUUUGCAAGAGUUAUCAUCAUCAGAAUAUUGAUAAGACUGCUUUGUAUGAUCAUCUUGGUGGGUAUCUUGGUGAGUAUGUGCCUCUUAAGAGCAACAUUCAGUUGGAGGACAUUUGA